AUGCAGUACUCUACUUUAUUACUACUAGCCAUUUCCCUAACAACGAUUCUCGCAGCGCCUCAGUACGUCCCUCAAAGGAUCGCUUACUCAAACGAACAGCCAUCGCCGUACCAAUACGACUACAAAGUGGACAAUCCCUCUUCGAACACGUACUAUGGGAAAAGCGAAACGGGAGACGCCGCAGGACGAGUCAGUGGAUCCUUCUACGUCCUGCUGCCUGACGGUCGAUUGAUGACUGUGGAUUAUUACGCUGACGGGGAGUCCGGGUUCGUUCCCAAAGUUACCUUUUCGAAUCAACAACGCAGCGGUUGA